AUAAUAAUUAAUGACAGAAUAUGUUACUAUUUUGUCCUACUUGUGGUAAUGCUCUCCGAAUAAACGAAGGUACAGUUGGGCUACAUUUUGCUUGUAAUACUUGUCCAUAUAUUUAUAAUGUACCACGGAAAAUAAGCAAAAGAAGUUAUUUAAAGCUUAAAGAACUAGAUGAUGUUUUGGGUGGUUCAGCAGCCUGGAAAAACGUAGAUUCAACUGAAGAACGUUGUCCAAAGUGCUCACAUCCUUACGCAUAUUUUAUGCAAAUUCAAACGAGAUCAGCUGAUGAACCUAUGACCACGUUUUACAAAUGUUGCAACCAACAGUGUGGACACAAUUGGCGCGAAUAA